GGCCCGCCGGGAGGGGGUGGGCGCUCCGGAGCGUGCGGCGGGGACACCACGCGGCCAUGCCGGACGAGUGCGAUUCCAGCGUGAAGAAGAAGAGGAAGAAGGACAAGCGGGCGCUCGCCGACGAGGAUGUCGCGGACAUCCAGCACACCGAGGACUUUCUCAUCAAGCCCGCCUCCCGGGUGCCCCAGCUGGACACGUCGCAGUGGCCCUUGCUGCUGAAGAACUUCGACAAGUUAAAUGUGAGGACAGCACACUACACACCUCUGCCUUCCGGUGCUAAUCCUCUGAAGAGAGAGAUUUCUGAUUAUGUUAGGUCUGGCUUUAUUAACCUCGACAAACCUUCCAAUCCAUCCUCCCACGAGGUGGUUGCGUGGAUCCGCCGCAUCCUCCGAGUGGAGAAGACGGGCCACAGUGGCACCCUGGAUCCUAAGGUGACGGGGUGCCUCAUUGUGUGCAUUGAGAGGGCGACACGCCUGGUCAAAUCUCAGCAGAGCGCAGGCAAAGAGUAUGUGGGAAUUGUUCGGCUGCACAGUGCAAUUGAGAGUGAGGCUCAGCUGGCCAGGGCGAUAGAAACUCUGACAGGCGCGUUGUUUCAGCGACCACCCCUCAUUGCUGCUGUCAAACGACAACUGAGGGUCAGAACCAUCUAUGAGAGCAAGCUGGUGGAGUAUGAUCCCGAGAGAAGAUUAGGCAUCUUCUGGGUGAGCUGUGAAGCGGGCACCUACAUCAGGACUCUCUGUGUGCACCUGGGGUUGCUGCUGGGCGUGGGGGGGCAGAUGCAGGAGCUCCGCAGGGUCCGCUCGGGCGUCCUGGGAGAGAAGGACAACAUGGUGACCAUGCACGACGUGCUGGAUGCACAGUGGCAGUACGACAACAACAAGGAUGAAAGCUACCUGAGGAGAGUCAUCCUGCCCCUGGAGAAGCUGCUGACUACACACAAGAGGCUCGUCAUGAAAGACAGUGCGGUUAAUGCCAUUUGCUAUGGAGCCAAGAUCAUGCUGCCUGGUGUUCUGAGGUAUGAAGACGGUAUUGAGCUUAAUCAGGAGAUUGUUGUCAUCACCACAAAAGGAGAAGCUAUCUGCCUAGCCGUUGCCUUGAUGACCACAGCAGUCAUUUCCACCUGUGACCACGGCAUCGUGGCCAAGAUCAAGAGAGUGAUCAUGGAGAGAGACACAUACCCCCGAAAAUGGGGUCUGGGCCCCAAGGCCAGUCAGAAGAAGAUGAUGAUCCAGAAGGGUCUGCUGGACAAGCACGGAAAGCCCAAUGAGAGCACCCCAGAUUCCUGGAAGAAGGAGUAUGUGGAUUACAGGGAUACUUCCAAGAAAAAAGCAGCUGCUGCUGAUGACCAACCUGUUUCAGAGCUGGAGAGGGCUUCAAAAAGGAAGCGAGAGUCGGAGAGUGAAGGUGAUGAAGCUGUGACCCCACCAUCCCCUGCCACCCCUCCAGCAGAGGAGCUGAGCAAAAAGGAAAAGAAAAAGAAGAAGAAAGAGAAGAAGGCCAAAGAGGCAGCUGAGAGUGGGGCAGAGCAAAUAGAAGUGACCACUGAGACCAGCACCAAGAAAAAGAAGAAGAAGAAACAAAAGGAGGUCGAAGAGAGCUCGGAGUAAGCAACUGGAUCUGUCCAAAGCAGGCAACCUCAUUAGGAAAGAGGAACCUGAGGCCUUGGGAAGAGCAGGACUGGCUGUGUUGGCAGGAGGGCCAGCAAGCUGCAAGUUCUCUUCUGCUGUGUAUCAGUGAGCAUGUGUUUGCCCAGCAUGUGCCCUGCUCAGGUGCCCCUCUUCAUCCUGUUUUAAGGGUUGCCAGAGGAGUGGGGGUGCCUGACUGUCCCUGCACUGGAUUGAUCUCUAAAGCUGAGCACCAUGACAGCAAUAAGAAGUGAUAUCAUAGGGAAGCUGUAACUUCUGGCCCUUACUUGUUUUCACCUAGAGGGUGGAAUAAUCUUUCUCCCCCUUCUAGUACUGCCUCUUCCUUUUCUUCCAAGGCUGAAACUGUUACCUGACAGUUACAAGAAUGUAUUGAUGCCUGGAGGACUGGCUUUGUCACAGCCCGUCUGAAUGGGUUUGGAUGGGGAUGGUCAGACCAGUUAUUCAGAGGGCUCUGGUUUGUUUUUUAACUUGGCCACACGCUUGGCUCAACCUACAUGAAAUCAAAUAGUCCACCCAGACAUUCUUCAAUACUUUUUUUCUUUACCUUUUUCACAAAAGGUAAACGUUAAAACGUUUUAAUUCCUCUUUUUUGCUUUAUUUCCUUAUCUGGAAUGGCUUGCUGGGGGUCAAAGGUCUCUUCUCUGUCACAGGGCUAGUGUUGUGCCAGGAUUUUGGCUCAUUUUAAAUGGGAAGGGAUCCAGGCUGCUUUGUUCUGAGAUUCAUCCCCGCAGAUCCUGUAACUUUUAGCCUCGUUCUCUGCUUUUAUCUGAACUGUCUAUCUUCCCCUCCAUAGCUGGAGAUGAAUGCAGGCAGUGGGGACAGCAGCUGGUGGCUGUCAGAACCCGAGCAGGAAAAAAAA